AUGAGUGGUACCAAGGAUGACAGCCGCUGUCAGAGGGCAGUGCACAUUGUCACCGAGCUCUGCCGGAAGAAAAACCUGCCUGGCUUGGACCUGGACACUUGCAGGGAGUUCCUCCUGCUGCCUUCUGACCAGAGCCUGAUAAUCUCCGAGCCAGAGCUCUCCGUCAGCCUCCUUGCAGUGAUAGUUAUUGUGUGUGGACUGGCCCUGGUGGCAGUUUUUCUGUUUCUCUUUUGGAAGCUGUGCUGGGUUCCCUGGAGGAACAAGGCCAUUUCUUCUAACCUGGCCGUCCUGCAGAGCGAGGCGGGCUGCAGUAAGGAGAGCAUGGCAGACAAGCUGAAGGACGCAGGGGCUGUGAGCUUCCUGGAGGCAGCAGUGAAGAUCAGCCACACAUCCCCUGACAUCCCUGCAGAGGUCCAGAUGUCCAUGAAAGACCACAUCAUGCGGCGCACGCGGAUCCAGCGGCAAACGACUGAGCCUGCGUCUUCCACCAGGCACAUCUCCUUCAAGAGGCACCUUCCUCGGCAGAUGCAUGUGUCCAGCAUGGACUACGGCAUGGACUCACCAGAGGCGGCUGAGCAGCCGACCAGCAUCGGUCGCAUCAAGCCUGAACUCUAUAAACAAAAAUCUGUUGACUCGGAGGACCCUAAGAAAGAGGCAUCAAAAACCUGUGGGAAAAUUAACUUCACUCUCAAGUACGACUAUGAGACUGAGACGCUGACCGUCCGAAUUCUCAGGGCUUUUGACUUGCCAGCCAAAGACUUCUGCGGCAGCUCAGAUCCCUACGUGAAGAUCUACCUCCUGCCUGACAGAAAGCGCAAGUUCCAGACACGAGUCCACAGGAAGACUCUGAAUCCCACCUUCGAUGAGUCCUUCCACUUCCCCGUGCCCCACGAGGAGCUGGUGAGCAGGAAGCUCCACCUGAGCGUCUUUGACUUCGACAGGUUCUCCAGACACGACAUGAUAGGAGAAGUCAUAUUGGAGAACUUGUUUGAGGCCUCAGACCUUUCACGGGAGACUUCCAUCUGGAAGGACAUUCAGUACGCAACAACAGAAAGCGUGGACCUGGGAGAGAUCAUGUUUUCCCUUUGUUAUUUGCCAACUGCAGGUCGCCUCACCCUAACUGUCAUUAAAUGCAGGAACCUCAAAGCUAUGGAUAUCACUGGAUACUCAGACCCAUAUGUCAAAGUGUCUUUGCUCUGUGAUGGGCGAAGACUGAAAAAGAAGAAAACCACCAUCAAGAAAAACACACUUAAUCCCACUUACAAUGAAGCAAUAAUCUUUGACAUUCCCCCAGAAAACAUGGAUCAAGUCAGUCUGCUGAUCUCCGUCAUGGAUUACGAUCGAGUAGGUCACAAUGAGAUCAUUGGGGUCUGCCGUGUGGGGGUCAAUGCUGAAGGCCUGGGCAGAGACCACUGGAACGAGAUGCUGGCGUACCCACGCAAGCCCAUCGCGCACUGGCAUCCAUUAGUGGAAGUAAAGAAGUCUCUCAAAGAGUGGCACGGCCGGGCAGCGAGCUUCGACAGCCAGGGCUCCAGUCCCUCCCCCAAACCACCACCCACGCCGUGA